AUGAACAUGCAUUCCUGCUGCACUGAGUCCUUGUCUAGCUCUGUAAAUAGUUACGUUUUGCUUCUAUCCUCGUCCUUCUGCCGAUGGCCGCUUGAGGUGGUACGGAGAGCCUCCUACAAGGGUGGCAAGAAGAAAUGCAAGUUCAAAACCCCAGUCGAUUGUGCCACCGUCCCUGGCAUGAUCCUGUGCCUGAGCAGUGUGUUGCAAAACAAAGGACUGACGAACCCAGCAGUGAACAAAGUUCGGAAGGUCUUUGAUGUCUUCGACAAGCAGAGCAGCAUGAACGAAAGCUUGGCUUUGCUUCCGGACCUCCAAGUGGAGGCACGGGAGAACAUGGUUCGCAUCGAGGAUUGGCACUCUGCUCUGCAAAGACUGGGUCUCGGUGCACUUCUCGAGCUCACGACCAGAUACUUCGCAAACGACAAAAACUUCAUCACCGUCGGGAAGUGCUUGUUCUUGCUGCUGGCAGCACGGCAAAGGCCGAGCAUCCGUGACUCUGCCGUAGCAUCGAGAGUCACCAUGAGACUCUUGCAUCAAUUCAGCCAGCACGUCGAGGUCAGGCUUGAGCGAGAUGGAUCGCCUUUGCUCUCCUCAUGUCCUCACCCCACGAAGUGCUCCACGUACCACCCUUACUUGAAGCACUCCCGCUCUCAGGGGCAUCCUGCUCUCAAAGACAGGCUGCUGGCCCGCUUCGGUGCCAAGUCCGGCGGAUUUGCAACUAGCAAAGAGGAGCUUUCGCUACAUGAGCUCGGGAUCGUGUCAAACAAAAGCAGAAUCGCUCAGAGAGCUUGUUCCGAAUGGCUCAUCCGCUACAUGGCCAAGGCCUCGCAGGCCAUGGCGGAUGAUGUGAAGUCUCAAGGCGACCUGAAGACGUUGAACUUCUGCCUGGAUGCUGCCCGGGUAUGCAAACAGCAGGUGCUCACGUUCCAAUUUCGGGUUGGAGAGUCUUCCCAAGCUGCCCUUUUGCAAGUGAUGCCAGACACGGCGCCUUGCCGCGACGCCCAAACCACCCUCAAGGCCUUAGACAUGGCCCUCGAGGGGGGCCUCCCGGCAAAGGGCAGGAAACUAGUGAACACCGCCAAACACCUUGUGACUUACAGACAGUCUGCGAAGCAAAUUCUGCACAGCAUGAAGAACGCCAUCGGUGUGUACGUGCAGGAUUUUUCGUUUGCAGACACUGUUCCAAGCCAGCUGUUGCGGCCGAGAGGCGACACGUGCAAGAGGUUUGAACUCACCAAGGAAGGGAAGCAGCUGCUGUCUUUCCCAGAGAACAGGAAGCGGUUUUUUCUCUUCAACACCGAGUCAGGCGAGGUCAGCCUCGACUGCCAUGCGCCGAUGGCGGUGGGCGGGUCGCCCCCUCUGACGCUGAGCUGGGCAGCAGACGAAGGGACGGACCUCUUCGUUGCAUUUCAGUAUGUGGCGAAGCAAGGAUGCUUUUGCAUCUUUUGGCCGGAUCUUUUUCAUAAGAUCCACAGGAAACAAGCCGGAGCGAUCGCGAGCUUGACUGAAAGCCGCCUUUUGAUCAGCCGGCUCACGAAACUUUUCCGAUCGAGUCGUGCCCCAUGGGACACGAGCAAGUUCGGCCGACAGAGGAUGGAAUGCCGAACUCGCCUCAUCACAGAGCUGGAAAUGCGCAGUGCGAGCAGCAGUGCGCUUGAAACCUGCUGUGCCGGCUUGGCUCGCGACUUGGACGUCCCAGUUUGCGACAUGUCGCCGCGACGAGCUUUACAGGAGCUCAAGAAGUGUGCAGGCACGUGGAAUUUGCGACUGCUGGAAUCCCUGUUUGGUUGGUGGGAGCAAGGCAUCAACCCGUAUGAUCUCCUGGGCUCCUCCUCGGCUCUGGAGUCAGCAGAUGAUGAGAAGGGCCAGCACAGUUACUCCAUCCGUGCCUUGUACUGGGAGGUCCUGUCCGACUCCACGAACCAGGCCAUCGGUCUCGCAUCCGGCGAGACUGUGAAAGGCCUGAUCAGGACCAUCGCUGACUCCACGUCUCCGAAGGCUUUGCUCUACUGCAACUGUGCUCAUGCGGCAGUAGAUGAAACGGCGCAGGAGGUCCUCACCUUCCUGUAUGACAUCCUCGUGCGGUGGCUGGGUUUCGCAUGUGAGAUCGACUCUUACAUGUGCUGCUACCCGUGGCGGUCUGUGCUCUGCCUCGAGAAGAAGCAUUGGCCGGGAGUGUUGGAGCACAUGAAAGAAGAAUGGAAGUUCAUUCUGUUCUUGGAUGGCUUCAGCAAGAAUUCCUCAGUCCGCCGCCUUUUCACCUUCACCGAGAUGCAAUGCUUCCGCGAGCUUUUCACGGAGGCUGAGUCAAUCGGCUUUGAUGCGAGUCACGUGGACUCGGAACGUGUGCGGGCCUUGGCGGCGAGACUCGCAGGCUCUGACACGAAAGCCCUGCUUACGUCGCUUCCGAACGAGCUGAUGUUCAACGAUUUGCGAGAUGCUCAGAGAAGGCAUGCCAAGCACGAAAUGGCCAAGCCAGUUCACCUGGCGGCCGUCAGCAUUCGCUCCAGUGCAAACAGGUCGCCUUUGCAGGCAGUUGAAGUCGACAAUGCAGACUGGAACAGCCACGACCAGGCCAAGGUGCUCAGAUCGAAUAUCCUUCAAGCCUCUCGUGACCGAGACAAAAAUCUCGGAAUACCCCUGCAGGAUUUGAUUUGUGAGAAAAACCUCAGCUAUGUCACCAAGCCCCACAUCUAUUGCCAGAGGCUGAGGCUUUUCCAGAACCUCAAGCGAAAGUUUUUUGCAGGUGAUGGCCAUGCCAUCGAUGUGGACAAGAUUCUUCGAGAAGUGUGGCCUUCGAACACAUUGAUGCCCGGAUGUUUGUGGCAGCAGGAGAGCUUCAACAGUGAGGCUGUGGUGGUUGUGUUGUCUGGCGGUCCUCAUGCCGUCCGCUACAUGCAGCUGAAGGUCGUCGAGGUGCCAGGCUAUGACGAGUUAUACGGCUUCGAUGCGGGCAAGCUGCAAGUGCACGAGACGCUGGACUUCCACAUGUGCUUCGGGAAGCUCUCUAUGCCGCAGCCGGUGGCAUCAGAGGAGCAUGGUUUGUUGGUGAGGCCUCUGGAAUGGCAUUCCCCCGGCGAGUUCAUGUGCCGACACACCAUCAGCCAGGUGCGAGCCGGUGUGUUGACGGAGUAUGGCAACAGUGUGGGAUUGAACCUCGGCAAGGUGAACCAAAGAAGCCGUGUGGAGCAAAUCAUGCGGCAUCACCAGAUGCCCGAGGAGCCGGAUGACGAUGCCACGGGCGACGUUUCGGAUGACGAGGCCGAGGAAGCUGAGCUUUACGAGGCCAUGAACUACAACAUCGAGGAGGAUGACGAUGCUGAUGCAGCAGAACAGGGCGGCGAGCCUGAUGCAGGCCAGCAAGACAGCAGGCCAGCCGAUGAUGUGCGAGCACCCCAACACGACGAGCAACAGGCAAGUGAUGAUGUACCCAUGGGACAUGCUGUGCCAGAGGACAGACAGGAGAGAAGAGCUGGUGGUAUCCACGAUCGCAAGGAGCCGCACAGCUACGAUUUGCCACAACACCAGUUGGCGCCGGGAACCCGUGCUUAUAUUGGCCGUCCGGAAGAUUGUUGCCCAUUUGUGCAAGUGAAGAUUCUUCCCGACGGGUUGAGGUAUGGCAACAAGCGUUCCCGUGCCUUUUCGUUUGUUCCUGCAGCCUCGACUCCGUACAGUCGUGGUGUGACACGCUCUUUUCAGCAAGCUUGCUUGGCGGCCACAACUUGGUCGUUUCAAUUUUUUAAUGCUCUGCCUGAAGAGAAGCAACGUGAGGUGCGAGAGAAAUUCCCGCCAGUCAGCCUGCCGGAAGAGGCAGGCGAAAACAAGAGAGAGGCUGCCUCAGAGCCAGCCUCCAGUUCUGCCAAGAGGGCGAGGGCCAACUGA